CACAGCCCUGGACACAGCCCUGGACACAGCCCUGGACCUCCUCCUGUCCCUCCUCCUGUCCUGUCCGCUGUCCCCGCGGUCUCUGUCUUCAGUCCGUGUCCUCCGGCCUCACUCAGCCGCCGUGGAGCCGUCGUUCACAGACCGCGAGCCGCGAGGAGCCGCCGGGACCAGGCCUCCAGAAGAGGACAGGCGGAGGUGUCCAGAGGACAGGAGGUGUCCAGAGGACACGAGGAGGUGUCCAGAGGACAGGAGGAGGUGUCCAGGAUGGAGCCCGCACAGAGCGGGUCAGAGGAGAGUCCUGGACCAGAGACGAGCUGUGCCUCCUUCAACCAGGACACUACGUCUCUGGCUCUGGGCUCACACUGCGGCUUCAGGCUCUUCUCUCUGAACAACAUCGACUCACUGGACUGUGUCUACUGCAGCACAGACUGUCCUGACGUGGGCCUGGUGGAGCGGCUCUACAGCAGCUCUCUGGUGGUGGUGGUCAGAGCUCAAACGCCGCAGGACCUUCACAUCUACCACUUUAAGAAGGGCACAGAAAUCUGCAACUACACCUACCCCCACCCCGUGUGCUCCGUCAGGCUCAACAGAGAGAGGUUGGUCACGUGCCUUGAACAUUCCGUGUACAUCCACAACAUAAAGGACAUGAAGCUGCUUCAGACGCUCGAGGUCCCGUCUAAUCCGUGUGGCGUUUGCGCCCUCGCCACCUCAGGCUCCUCCUCCUACCUGGCCUACCCCGCCUGCACCGACACCGGAGACGUGCAGGUCUACGACGCCUCGGCUCUGUCCACAGACACACUGAUCUCGGCUCAUCACAGUCCACUCGCAGCUCUCAGCUUCAAUACCUCAGGCUCCAGACUCGCCAGCGCCUCCCAGAAGGGCACAGUGAUCCGAGUCUUCUCCGUCCCUCAGGGUCAGCGUCUCUUUGAAUUCCGCCGCGGAAUGAAGAGGUGUGUGGACAUCAGCUGUUUGUCCUUCAGUCCUGAUGGACACUUCCUCUGUUCGUCCAGUAACACAGAGACGGUGCAUGUCUUUAGACUGGAGCCCCCAGACCCCAGUCUGGAGGAGGAGCGCUCGUCCUGGGGCUCUUACGUGGGCAGGAUGUUCUCCGUGGCGAGCUCGUACCUCCCGGCGCCGGUGUCCCACAUGAUGAGCCAGGACCGCGCCUUCGCCACCGCCCAGCUGCCCCGCCCCAACCACAGGAGCAUGUGCGCCCUGACUGUGAUCCAGAAGCUUCCUCGUCUGCUCGUGGCGACCUCUGACACGCUGUACGUCUUCAGCUUUGACCCGGCCGAGGGGGGGAGGUGCCCGCUCUCACACACACACCUUCUUUUUGAGGAGCGUCAGGUCCAAACUGCAGGUUGUUUCCGGGAGGCGUCUGAUUGGUCUGCACCAGUGACCCCUUGUCCCACGUACGCUGCGACGGCGGCCUUACCCCCCGCCCCCGGCCCCGCCCUCGGCCCCUCCCCCGGCCUCGCCCCGGGGCUCGGCGCGGCUACACUCACAGCUCCAAGAGCUCAUGGUACAUGA